CACGCCAAGCGCAGAAGAGACCGACAGAACAGUGCACGCAGCACAGCAAUCGCAGCCCCUCCCACGCCUCUCAAAGCUGAUUUAUUAAGCCUUAACCUCCUCCUUGGAGCACACAGCUUCGCUGGUCCUGCACCUCCGCGGCGGCCGGCAUUUCGCAAGAAUCGAUGGGGUGCAAGUCGUGCCAGAAGCCCAAGGCGCAGCACCGCAAGGGGCUGUGGUCGCCGGAGGAGGACCAGAAGCUCCGCGACUACAUCGUCCGCUACGGCCACAGCUGCUGGAGCACCGUCCCCGUCAAGGCCGGGCUUCAGAGGAACGGGAAGAGCUGCAGGCUGCGAUGGAUCAACUACCUGAGGCCGGGGCUGAAGCACGGCAUGUUCUCCCGGGAGGAAGAGGAGACCGUCAUGAGCCUCCAUGCCACACUCGGCAACAAGUGGUCUCAGAUAGCGCAGCACCUGCCGGGCCGGACGGACAACGAGGUGAAGAACUACUGGAACUCGUACCUGAAGAAGCGCGUCGAGGGCGCGCGGGCACCAGCCAAGUCCGCCGGCUCCGACGCGCCCCGGAGCCCGAUGCCCAGCGACAGCGGCCGCGAACGCAGCACCGUUAACCAGCCGUCCAACUCCGGCUCGUCGGGCCCGCCUGAGUCCUCGUCGACGGCCGACGACUCGAGCAGCCUCACCGGGCCCGACGCGGCGGCCGCCUUGAUCCGGCCGCACGCGCCGGUGCUCCCCAAGGUCAUGUUCGCGGACUGGCUCGACAUGGACAUGGACUACGGCACCGGCCUGAUGGCUCCGAGAACCCUGGACGCCGCCUUCGACUGCAGCCCGGCGCAGCAGGGCGCGAGCAGCACGGUGGACGGUCGUUGCGGCGCCGUGGACUCGUUGCACGGGCUCGGCGACGGCGGCAUCUGCUGGGAGUUCGAGGCGGACAUGCAGGGCGGAGGAGCAGGGUUCUGCGACCUGCUCUCCAUGAGCGAGUUCCUCGGGAUCAACUAGGCGGGAACCCCGCCGCCGUGGGUGAGACAGCAGGCUAAGCCGGCCGUCGUGAUCGAGCGAGCGGCGAAGUGUUGUGCGGCUCGUCGCGAGGUGUUUGAUUCGUUGUUCCCUGCUGUAAAUCAUCGUGCCGUGUUUGUGCAGUUUUAAACUUUUUUUUUUUGUUCUUUUUGCGGAUAAUUGUGCGGUUUUAAGCUUAGCGUGUAUAGCGUAUAAAGCGUUGAUUUUCUUCGUAAGUUUUAAGCUUAGCCCCGCUCUGGUCCCGGAGAACGUGUAUACUACAGAAAUAAUAACGAGGGCAGAGCGCAAGGAUUUCAUGGUUUCA